GGGCCGUGCUGCGGUGCGCAAGAUGGCGGCUGCACCCAAGAUGGCGGCAGCGCGGAGGCGGCUGCUGCCCGCCUGGAUGGGGGCUGCGGGGGAAGGCGAGCGGCGGGCGAGGGUGCCGGGCCGGGUCGGGCGGCGGCGGGGGCAGAAGGCGGCGGCGACGGAGCCCAGGGCCGCGACCGUGUACUGCAUGAACGAAGCGGAGCUGGUGGAGGUGGCGCUGGGUGUGCUGGCUGAGAGCUUGCAGCGCGAGGGAGCUGAGGAGAAGGCCUGCAGCGGGAGCCAAGAGGAACAGGACGUUCAGCAAGUGGAAGAGGAGCUGCAGGCAGAACCGAGCCAGGCUCCCGGAGGCACAGCCAGCGCGGAGGAAGGCAGCGACGGCAGCCCGGGCCCUCCAUCUCCUCCUGGUGCCGGUGCAGAGGCAGAGAGGACUGGCCUUAAUGACUCUGAGGAUGAUGCUCUGAAAUAUGUCAGGGAGAUCUUCUUCACUUAGCAUUGCCCCUACCACAGCUGUGCACACAAGGAUGGGGUUGGGAGGACAUAGCCCAUCAAGAAGGAGGGUUGGGUACCCUCAGAGAGGGCAUUCCUGGGUCACAUGUCAGGCACUGUCCUGCUGGUCUCCCUUUCUCCCUUACCACACAUCUUGUCACUGUGACGCUACAAAUCCUCACAGCAAUAAAGGGAGUGAAGGAAUGCAGUUAUUGUGCAAACUCGAGGAUGGCGAUGUGUGUGGGACACUAACAGGAGCCUGAGCUGAGUCUGAACUCAUCGUGAGCUCCAAGCUUAUGUUGGAUAGGGCCGAACACAGGGCAGUAAAGAAGGAGCUGCAUACUUGCUAUGGGCAUGAACUGCCUGUCAGCUAAGCUGGGGACCAGCAGCCCACCCGUAAGUGGGAUGCCUCUGAUGCCAGCUGCUGGAAAAGUCAAGGUUCAGCUUGCAGUGAGAACAUUCUAAGGAAGAUCGAUACCAGCAAGGUGGUUCACAGGAUGUGUGUAAGGAGGGAUGACUCAUGCACCCAUGCUACUCGGAAUAAAACCUUGAAGAAACAA